AUGUCGUAUCUGGGGCGGAAAAAAGAGGAUGACUCGUCGGUGGUCGCCGACCUUGCCGACGAGAACGCCCAUGCGAACUACGUCUCGGAGGCGGAGGGCGACUCGAGCGACUUCCGGGACAUCGACCCGCACAGCGGCGUCAAGCGCGGGCUCAAGACGCGGCACCUGAGCAUGAUGGCGCUCGCGGGCAUCAUCGGGCCGGGCCUGCUGGUCGGGGCCGGCGGCGCCCUGUCGACAGGCGGGCCCGCGUCGCUGCUGAUCGGCUUCGGCGUCGUCGGCAUCAUCGCCUUCAGCAUCAUGCAGAGCCUCGGCGAGCUGACCACCCUGUACCCCAGCGGCGGCGCCUUCACCGCGCUGGCCGACCGCUUCGUCGACAAGGCCUUUGGCGUCGCCGUCGGCUGGAACUACUACAUCAUCUGGUUCGCCGUGCUCGCCAACGAGUACAACGUCAUCUCGAGCAUCGUCUACUUCUGGAGCGACAAGGUCCCUGUCUGGGGCUACUUUCUGAUCUUCUGGUUCGCAUUUCUGGGCUUCCAGCUUCUCGGCGUCGAGACUUUCGGCGAAGCAGAGUUCUGGCUCGCAUUACUGAAACUUAUCGGGCUGGUGGCAUACUUCAUGUUCUCCCUGGUAUAUCUCGGUGGCGGGAUCAAGGGCACGCCCGCGCUCGGUUCCAAGUACUGGCAUGACCCCGGCCCAUUCGUCCACGGCUUCCGAGGAGUGGCGGCGGUCUUCGUCUUCUGCAGCACGUUCUACGCCGGUGUCGAGUCCGUUGCGGUGGCCGCGACCGAGACGAAGAACCCGCGCGUGGCGGUGCCCCUCGCGAUCCGCCAGGUCUUCUGGCGCAUCAUCUUCGUCUACAUGGGGAGCGCCCUGUUCUUCGGGCUCACGUGCCCGUCGAAUGCUCCCGAGCUCAUCAACGGCGGGAGCCGCGCCCUGAAGAGCCCCAUGACCAUUGCCAUCCAGAAUGCCGGCUGGGAGGGAGGCGUGCACCUGAUAAAUGCCUUCAUCUUCGUCACCUGCCUGAGCGCCGUCAACAGCUCCAUCUACAUUGGCAGCCGGACGCUGCUGUUCAUGGCGCAGGAUCGGAAAGCCCCCAAGUUCCUCGGCUGGACCGACAAGCGCGGCGUCCCCAUCCCCGCCAUUGUCUUUACGAACCUGUGCGGCGCCCUGAGCAUGAUGAACGUGAGCACCGGUGCGAGCAAGGCAUACUCGUACAUCGUCAACCUCAGCGGCGUGUCGACGUUCAUCGUCUGGGGAGGCAUCUCGUUCACCCACAUCCGCUUCCGCUCCGCGUGGAGCGCCCAGGGCCACACGCCAGACGAGCUGCCCUUCCAGUCGUUCCUGUACCCCUGGAAUGCAUACUUCGGGCUCUUCGCCAACGUCUUUCUCGCCUUCGUCCAGGGCUGGACGACUCUCUCGCCGUUUGACGCGGGAUCCUUUGUCGACGCUUACAUUUUGCUCCCGCUUUUCCCCUGUAUUUACUUUGCGUACAAGUUCGUGUUCAAGACGACCUUCUGGCGGCCGGAAGAGGUUGAUCUGCAGUCGGGGCGGCGGAGGGACCUGGAAGAGGCCAAGGAGAUUGCGGCGGGGGAGCUGGGGCAGCCCCAACCUUGGUGGCGGAAGCUCUGGAAGAACUUCUGA